AUGGCAGGCAAAAUCACGAGCGAUGAGGGGUACGGAAGCUCUGUGGACUCAGUCUGCGAAAAGACCCUUUCUUUGAGCAACAGCGCCUCGUCCAUAACCAUGAACGAAAUCCUGCCCGUUACCAAGGUUCCAGCCUUGGACACGAUCGAUCCAUACGUUGUCGAUAGAUCAGCCGAGUGUGCGGUAGCCAGAAGUCCCCCGCUCGAGCUAUCUUGCAGUACGGAAUAUCAGAACCUCGCCGAUGGCAUCGUCCAGGGCUAUGCGCGUUUCAUAUCUGGCUUCACCGGGCUCGAAGAUGUUGCUUUCUUCGUAUCCCGCCAUUCGCCCUUCGUGUCGGGCACGCAACAGGCAUGCGGAGUCAUUUGCGCUUCCGUGUUUUGCUCCGAUGGUGCUGAGCAGCAGAGGGGCGAACAAUGUUGCAAAGUGCGCGAAGUAGAUACAUGCCACUACAACAAGGACGAGAUCCAGUUUUCGUUGACCCUAGGAUUGGGUGUCGGACCUGAAAAUGGCGAGCUACAACCUAGCGUACAAGGAAAUAUGUUCGGCUUGAAUGUUACAUCUACUACGAAUGACGGUGUUCUACAAAUCGAUUUUACCUAUCCGACGCAACUCAUUCCGGAUACGUCAAUCUCGCAACUGUUGAAAACGCUCGCCUCACACUUAGCCGAUUCGUCCACAUUCCUUAGCCUCGAUAUAUCCCCUCCUGAGCUUUCGAUCCUUAAUUUCCCUCCACUUAUGGUACCCCCGUCCAUGGGCACCGAACUGACUGAGGCCGUUGCAGCCGAGAGCUCUAGGCCACCCCUUCUUCACGCUGCUUUCGAGGGCUGGGCCCGUAGAAAGCCUAAUCGCAUAGCGCUUGACUUCGUACAUUCUUUAGCAUCUGCAGAAAUACCCGCAGAACACAGCAUUUUAACUUACGCAGCUCUUAAUACUGCAGCCUCGAACUUGGCCAUACAUAUCAGGACUCUUUUGUCCGGUCACGAUCACUCGGCCAGUCAAGGGCGCAUAAUCCCUGUAUAUAUGUCGACGUCCCCUGAACUUUAUAUUUCCUAUCUCGGUAUCCUGAAGGCUGGCUGUGCGUUUUCGCCGAUCCCUCAAGAUGCCCCCGCACGACGAGUACAAGAGAUCCUCCAAGAUAUUGGCUCUCCCAUUAUCCUAGGAAAUACACCUGAGCCGUCCCCUACACCGUGGAGCACGGAAACUACAGAUGCUACAACAGCCACUCACACAUGGGUUGAUGUCGUGGAAGUGUCGAAGUGGAAAGAGCUACGAGGGGACCAGGCCCCUUCAACACCUAUGUCUGAGCCUCUUGACCAACCAGAUAUAAAUGAAAAUCAGACUGCUUAUCUCCUAUUCACGAGUGGCUCUACUGGAAAGCCCAAGGGCGUUCAAGUUAGCCAUCGGGCAGUUACCUGCUCCAUUGAGUCUCAUGCUACAGCCAUCCCGCUCCCUGGAGACUCCGUUGGGGACUUCCGUUGGUUCCAGUUCGCAUCUCCCACAUUUGAUCCAUCGCUCAUGGAAAUCUUCGUAACAUUGAGUAGUGGUGCUACUCUUUGCUCUGCGUAUCGCAGUUUGACAUUGACAGACUUGGAAGCAACCAUCAAUGAAGCAAAGGCAACUGUGAUGAUGGCCACUCCCAGCUUGGCCGCACUUCUGCGUCCUUCACGUCUGACAACUCUCCAGUCUCUCUGGACCAUGGGCGAAAAGCUAAAUCGAACAGUCAUCGAGAACUUUGCUUCCAAACCGAAUACCAACGAGGUAAAUGGCUCUUCAGGGCCUUCGACCAUGUUGGUUAAUGCAUAUGGCCCCACAGAAGGCGCCAUUAACUGCACUUUCCUUGCCCCAGUCGACCGUUCCACUCGUGGUUCCAUCAUUGGUAAAGCGCUGCCUACGAGUGCAAUGUUCAUCUUGGAUCCGAAUACGCAUGUACCCAGGCCGGUACCGUCUGGGCUUACUGGGGAGCUGGCGCUAGGAGGACCGCAGGUCAGCAAAGGUUAUUUGAACCGCCCGAAAGAAACUGCGAAGUCAUUUGUACAUAGCCCCGACUUCGGCUACGUCUACCGCACUGGUGACAUGGCACGCAUUGUUUGGGACGAGACAGGCUCCCAGGUUAUUGAGUUCCUUGGCCGUAUUACCUCUGAUCAGGUAAAGCUCAGCGGUCGCCGCGUGGAACUUGGUGAGAUAGAGUCUGUCCUCUCCACUGUGAAUGGUAUUAUCGAGGCUGUGGCCGUAGUGUCGAAGCGGGACAUGAACGUGCAAGGCAGUGAACAGAUCUUUGCAUGCCUAGUAGUGGAUAACGCGACCGAAGUAGAAAAACACGAAAUUGUGCGAACCGCGCAAGAGUCAGCACAGUCGCAUCUUGCAUCAUACAUGUGCCCAUCGGCAUACGCAUUCUUUGACUCUCUACCUAGAUCUAGCUCUGGGAAAGUCGACCGCAAAGCCAUAUCUGCCAAGCUCCAGCAGGGUGAUGUGGACCUAUUCUCCACCCAGGAACCCAAGUCUGAAACGUCCGUUGAUGCACAAGACAGCUGGGAGAGUACAGAUGAACACACACAACGGGUGCAACAACUGGUACUCAACCUUAUUGCAGAAACAUCCGACGAAGAUGUCACCGCAAUCAAGCCCGGAUCAGAUCUUUAUUCGCUGGGCAUUGACAGUCUCGGGGCGAUGCGGCUCCUGCAGAAGCUGCGAGAUAAUUCCGUUGAAGGCUUAUCUGUAGGGGAUGUACUGCGAGCUGAAACACCUAAGGGGCUGGUGUCAAUGAUUGCAAAGCCUCACUCAACGGCGAAUGAUAUCGAUUCGAACGGCGCUUCUCUAGCUGAUAACUCCGCUGAGCUGCUGAGCCAGCAGCUUGCGUCAUUCAGUACCAGAAACCACCCUGUAUGUGCGGAGAGGCUCGGUCUAACCUCGGAUCAGCUCCAGAAAGUCUUACCGACCACGGCAACACAAUCUGGUAUGUUGACCAGCUUUCUGCGCAGCUCAGCAGAUAAGUCGUUCGAAACUCGCUCGUACAUUUAUCAUUCCGUCCUUCCCCUUGAGGCUGCAGUUGACCUUGACCGUGUACGGAGCGCGUGGGACUUUGUUACUGCGAAUUAUGACUCCUUCCGCACUGUCUUCUGCUGGCUCGACGACGACAUGGCUCCAUUCGCACAAUGCAUCCUGGCUGCCGAUGCAGUACCACAGCCAAAGUGGAACGUUUACAACGUCUCUGAGGGCAAUUCAGAGAAGGAAAUGAUAAACAAGGCUCUACGAGACGCGGAAGAAACCAUUAACUUGAAUACCCCUCCGUGGAAGUUGUCUCUGAUCACAUCCCCUGAAAGAACGCUCAUAAUCUUGAGCAUGUUUCAUGGAAUAUUUGACGGUGGCUCAUUGCAACUACUUCUUCAGGAUGUGUCUUUGGUUUACGGCAAUAAGGCUAUGGCCCACAGAACAUCAUUGGAGCAUAUUGUACAACAUCACUUUGGCGCUGACCACACAGCAACAUCUAAAUUUUGGAACGAACAUUUGGAGCACUACUCGCCGAUUUCUUUUCCUUCCGUCACGCCUUAUCGGACUCCUUCAGUGAAAGUGGCCGAUUGCGUGGAAAUCACCGCACACAUCAGCUACGACAGGUUGAAAAGGCAGUCUAAAACCAUUGGCGCAACCCCACUUUCAGUGCUACAGGCAGCUUGGGGCUCUGUCCUCUUGGCCUACACUGGGACCCCAGACCAAGAUGUUGUGAUGGGCAGUGUAAUUUCUGGGCGGUUGGAUCCCGACUCGGAAAUAUGUAUUGGUCCAACAUUUACCACCGUUCCCGUACGACUCGCUCUGAACCUGAUCCCACAGGAUGCCACUGGCACUCGGACGAACAGAUCUGUCGCCCGCUACCUGUCAUCGUUUAAUGCCAAGACAUUGUCUUAUCUGCAACCGCGUUUGGGGUCCCUGGUCACAGGAGAUGGUCGAUUGACAUAUGACACGCUUUUGGCAUAUCAGGACUUCAGUGCUGGAUCGAGCGCCAGUGGGCUUUGGAGCUCAAUAGACCACCCACCAAUGGGGAAUGACUUUGCUGUGAUGAUUGAAGUUUGGCCUGGAGCCAAUUCAUCUUUGACCUUCCGUGCCAGUUUCAAUCAUGCUCUGCUUGACUCUGAAUCAGCUGAGGUUAUGCUGAGACAAAUGGCGGAUAUCGUUGCGUUCAUACUUGAAACACCAGAAGGAAACUUCUUAGAUGCUCCAUCCCAGACCCAGGUCGAGCUGAAGUCAACUUUCAAUCCAACCUCAAGUAUUGCUCCAGAGGUGUCAGAGGGCGCGCUAAUCCAUUCUCGAUUUGAAGAACAUGCAGAAUCGCACCCAGAGGACAUAGCACUAAUAUUCAAGGGCGACUUGGAUGACGACAGUAACCCAUGUAAUAUCUCAUGGACCUAUGCGGAGCUCAACGCUAUAGCCGAUGAUCUCGCUGAGAAUCUGCUUCAAGUCACUGGUCCGCUGACAAAUACUCCUGUUCCCAUAUGCAUUGAGAAAAGUCCGGCCAUGUAUGUGGCUAUUCUGGGAAUUCUCAAAGCAGGCGGUGCCUGGUGUCCGAUUGACACCCUUUCGCCUGCCCAGCGUCGCCAUGACUUGAUUGCUCGGACUGGCGCCAAAGUUCUUCUCACGUCUAGUAAUGACGGCGAUCAACCCGAAGGGUCCAUCCCAGCUGGGGUCGAUACUAUCGAUGUUAGCCGAUUCACUGUGAAUACCUCUAAGUCGAACGGCAUGGGAAGGCCCAGCACUAGGCAAAGAACAAGCCCAGAUGGUAUGGCAUAUCUCAUCUGGACUAGUGGUACAACAGGUGCACCUAAGGGUGUUCCUAUCAAGCAUUCUGCCGCAGUCUCUUGUAUGAAAUCUCUUGGCAAGGAUAUUCCCACAGACGUACAAGGCGGCGUCGUUCGCUGCAUGCAGUUCUCACAGUAUACCUUCGAUGUGUCAAUCCAAGACAUUUUCUAUACCUGGAGCCUUGGAGGAAUUCUCAUCUCCGCUACCAGAGAGAUAAUGUUGGGCUCUUUCUCGAAACUCGCGAACAUUACCAAGGCUACCCAUGCGCAUCUCACUCCGGCGUUUUCAGCAGGUGUUCCUAGGAAGAGCUGUGAAACGCUUGAGGUGAUUACUAUGAUUGGUGAGAAGUUGACCCAGCCAGUCGCCGAUGACUGGGGCACAGAUAUGCGCGCCUUCAACACAUAUGGUCCUGCCGAAGUAACCAUUGUUUCCACAAUCAGGGAGUUCGGAAAUGAGCACAAGAACAUCAAAAGCGCAAAUAUUGGCUGGCCCAUGGAUACCGUGUCUGUUUUCGUGACAAAGAACCAGCGAAUGGUAAUGAAAAAUGCGGUUGGCGAGUUAGCAUUGGGUGGGCCCCAGCUUUCCCCUGGCUAUCUGAAUCAAGAGGAUGUCACAAAAGCAAAGUACGUUUGGAAUGAGGAAGCCUCGCAGACACUGUAUUAUACCGGUGACUUGGUGCGCAUGCUUGCUGAUGGCUCUCUUGAAUAUCUCAACCGUGUCGAUGACCUGGUCAAACUCGGUGGUAUUAGAGUUGAGCUUAGCGAAAUCAGUUUCUCCCUUGAUACCUGCCAUCCUUCCGUUGAGAAUAUUGAAACACUCAUCCUCAGUCGUUCCGACAGACCUACAAAGGUGGUGGUUGCCUUCCUUUCUGCACCUGCAGCUGCAUCUGCCGAUGAUGACAAGUUGUUGAUACUCAACAGUACGGCACUGGAUAUAGCGCGUGCUGCCAGAGAUAAAGCCCACUCGGUCCUUCCUGAUCAUAUGAUCCCGUCUGUGUACUUGGUUGUGAAAAACAUUCCAAGAACACCAUCUGCCAAGACUGACCGUCGGGCUCUGCAAGCCGCAUAUGAAGCUAUUAACAUCGACAGUUGGGAAGGCCAGCUAAACCCUGAAAAUGCGGAUUCUGCCAAAGAGUCAGGAAGCGAUGCAGACGCCACCACAACUUCAAAGAUAAUCGAUAUGAUCGCAUCACUGGCCAACAUCUCAUCCUCAAUCAUUACCAAGGUUAGUAGACUUGGAAGUCUAGGUAUCGAUUCAAUUCGCGCCAUUCGCCUUGCCUCUAGACUCAAAGAAGCUGGCUACCAACUGUCUGUUGUCGAAGUACUAAACUGUGUCACCGUACAAGAUUUGGUGAGGUUGGCCUCUUCUAGCAAAGCUGCCACUGCCUUCUCAGAUACAUUUGACCUGGAGAAGUUCAAUCUGACAUGGCAUGUUUUGGCCGCCAAAAAGAUACAAGAGGAUUUCUUCACUGUGCGCGCUACUACAAUUCAGGAAAGCUUGCUCAGUGAGACAAUGGGUACAUACGACAUGUACUGGAGCAAUCAUUUCUUCUCACUUGACCCCUCCGUGUCGCUUGACCGACUAAAGCAGGCUUGGCUUGCAGUUUCCCAAAAGACGGAAGCACUGAGGACUGGAUACAUUCCCGUGGCUGAGGCGGCUAGUACUUGUCAUGAUAAUUUCGACUUUUCUAUCCUGCAGCUCAUUUAUAAGUUGCCUACCUUAGAUUGGGAAGUACACAACUGUACUGAAGAUGAUUGGGUAGCGCUGCGUGACCACCGAAUUGAGACAAUUAUGAAAAAACACCAAAGCAAUUAUUUCAGCAACCCACCGUGGGCUGUUACCGUUGUCGACAAGGGCAAUGAAAGAGUCAUGGUUCUUACGAUACACCAUUCUAUCCACGAUGGCCCUUCUCUCAGUCUAAUCAUGGAUGAUGUGCAAUCUGCUUACAUGCACAAGCCGCCCUUGAGGCAUCAACUUAGCAGUGCGCUUUCGAUCGUUCUUCCGAAUGAAGUGAAGAGCGCAGAGACCUGCAACUUUUGGCAAUCCGAGUUAGAGAGGUUUUCAGAGCUGGACACUCCAGUGUGGCCUGACCUUACUGGCAAAAAGGUAGAUCCUGGAGUUGAACAAGAGUUCAAGCUCAUCUCAGAGGAAAUUCCAUUGACGGAGAAGGCUUCGGAGCUUCAAUCGGCUGCAGCUCAACUCGGAGUGUCAUCUAUUGCCUCUAUUAUACGAGCAGCAUGGGGCUAUGUUUCACUUUGCUAUCUCGGAAUCCCAGCAACCGUUUUUGCAGAAACUCUCUCCGACCGUAUGUUGCACCCGGAUCUUGAGGAUGCAAUUGGCCCAUUGAUCUCUGUUGUUCCCAUACCUUUCCACCCACAGGGAAGCGCGCGCGAAUUUCUCGCAGAGCAACACCGGAUCUCGGUACAAUCUUGGAAGCAUUGCCAUAUUCACGCUCGUGAUGUGCGAAGGAUGCUAAACCGGCCAAGAGGAGAGGCAUUAUACCCAGCUGUUUUCAAUUUCCAUGUGGCAUCUGAAUCAAAUGGCCCUUCUCGAUCCCAAAUCUGGCAGGAGCUAGAAGACCAAAUUGGCUUACACGUGGAGCAUCCCAUGGCCUUCAAUGUCUUUCAACGUCCAGACGGCGCUAUCGUCUUGGAGGCAUCAUCAGAUAGCCGCCUGAUGAGCCGAGAGCAGCUGUCGCUUUUUGUCCGUCAGGUCGAUGGCUUUGUCACUUCUAUGUUGGCGUUUCCCGACAAGCAAUUAGCAGACCUCAUGCACCAUCUUCCAACAGCCUUGAUGUCUAUCUCCACUAGACCUGUUCCCGAGUCUGUUCGUGAUUCGGUCCUUACUAGUCCAACCUAUUGGUUGGAGAAGAAUGCCCGCGAGCACCCGGAAUGGACAGCUGUUGAAGUCGCAAGUGACAUAGCUCCUGAAGGAAUUGUUAAAGAAGCGUGGACCUACGAGACGCUCAACACAAAGGCGAACCGUGUGGCAGCCUACAUUGCCUCCCAAGGGCAUAAGAACAGAAUGAUUGGCGUUUGCUGUGGACGAAACCUUCCUUCUUAUCCAAUAAUCGUUGGCAUCUUCAAGUCUGGAAAUGGUUACCUUCCGAUAGACGAAGGCCUUCCAGAUGAGCGUAAAGCAUUUUUGACUGAGGAUGCUGAUUGCCCCAUUGUCUUCACCGAGACCCAAUUUUCGCAGACAUUCUCCCGAGUCCCUGAAGGAUGUCGUAUUAUUUGCGUCGACGACUUUGGCUUCCAGGAAUUGGUGGAAACAAUGCCGGCUGAGGACCGGGAUUACCAGUCUCAUCCAGACGAUGUCGCCUAUCUUCUUUUUACAUCUGGUUCAACUGGUAAACCGAAAGGCGUCAUGGUCACCCGGGGCAAUCUUUCAUCGUUUAUCGAGUCAUUCGGAGAGUUCUGCAUCAAAGCAGCUCCUGGUACACUGACUCUGGGUGGCACUGGUAGGUAUCUCGCACAAGCCAGCAGAGCCUUUGAUCCUCAUCUUCUGGAAAUGUUCUUCCCGUGGCGCCAAGGAAUGACCACUGCGACCGCUCCUAGAGCUAUGAUCUUGAAUGACAUCAAAACAACACUUUCAAAAUGGGAGAUAACACAUGCAAGCUUCGUGCCGUCAAUGGUAGAUCAAUCCGAUGCCCGGCCAGAGGACUGUCCCAAGCUACAAUAUAUGACGGUCGGCGGCGAGAAAAUAUCCAAGAAAGUAUUGGAUACAUGGGCCGAUUCUCACAUCGCGCUUGUAAAUGCAUAUGGUCCGACUGAGGUGACAAUUGGUUGUACUUUCGCUCAUGUUAGGAAGGAGACAAAUAUGAGGAACAUUGGACCACCGUUGAGUGCCUGUGCCUGUCAUGUCAUGAUUCCCGGUACAGAAAACUAUGCUCUCCGAGGUCAAACUGGAGAGCUGGUCUUUAGUGGCGAUCUUGUUGGAAAGGGAUACCUUAACAGACCCGAUGCCACUGGAUUUGUGACGGGACCUAAUGGCGAGAGAAUGUACCGAACUGGUGAUAUAGGCCGUCUGAUGCCGGAUGACUCAGUGGAGUAUCUGGGCCGUGGUGACGAUCAAACCAAAAUCCGGGGCCAAAGGCUAGAGCUCGGAGAGGUGUCCGAAGUGCUACGCUCAUCUUCGGCCGUUACCAUUACUGUUGUCACAACAGUUGUCAAACAUCCAGGUCUCGCCAGAGCGCAGCUUAUAUCUUUCAUUACGCGGUCGGAUUCUCGUCACCACCAGCCGGAUGAGAGCGUAGAAUUUGUCCAGUCUGAUUUCGCUACAUUGGGCAAGGAACUCCAGGAUAUCCUCAAAAAGAAGCUGCCGGCAUAUAUGGUUCCGGAGCUUAUCCUACCCAUAACGUAUAUCCCGAAGGCACCGAUGUCUGGGAAAGCGAACCUCAAAGAACUGCAUGCUCUGUUCACGAAUUUACCACUUGCAGCUGUUCUCCAGGGAAACAAUGCGAUCAAUAGAAAUGGCAGUGCCGUCAGCCGACCUCUGACCGCUGAUGAGGAGGCCGUUGUGGAGGAGGUCUGUACCGUUAUAUCUACAGACCGUUCCAACAUUGGCCCAAUGACAAAUAUCUUUGAAAUUGGCCUGGACAGUCUGAGCGCCAUAGGCCUCUCCAUCAAGCUCAGAAAGGUUGGAUACCAAGCCACAGUCGCUCUUGUCAUGAGCAACCCAGUUAUUGAACAACUUGCCCGGCUUCCAAGAAACACCUCGUUAAUGAAUGGACAAGAUGCAUUGUCGAAUACACACCAAAGGCUUCUUGGCAUAGAAUCUCAGUACAGGGAAAGUUCCCCUGCUGGAGUCGACCUGUCUCAAGUUGCUUCUGUGCGUCCUUGUCUGCCCCUCCAAGAAGGCUUGGUAGCCCGCUCCAUCAAUAGCGAUGGGGACCAACUCUAUGUUAAUCAUGUUAUUCUUCAACUUGAAAAGGUCGACGUUGCUCAGUUGAAGUCAGCAUGGCAAACAGUGGUCAAUGACAAUGACAUAUUGAGAACUGCUUUCGCUCCGUUGGAUAAGGAGAUGGUCCAGGUGGUCUUCUCUCCUGACUCCAACCAGCUUCGCUGGACCGAAGAAGAAUAUCUCACCCUUGAAGAAUCGAUCGAGAGUUCCAAGCAGCAACAGGAAGGAGUCACUCAAGAUAUCAUUUCGAACAUCUCCAGUACACCUCCUGUGCGAUUCCAUCUUGCAAAGAGCUCUGAAACCAAGGAACCACUCGCUCUCUUCAUCUCCAUCCACCAUGCUCUCUAUGAUGGCGAGUCUUUCUCAAUGUUGAUGGACGAUGUUACUUCUUAUUAUGCCGAGUACCCAGUUCCAGAGAGAGGUUUACCGUUGGCAUUCAUUGAACAUGUUUAUGGUCAAGACUUUGAAAAGGCGAAGAAGCACUGGACUGAGUAUCUGUCCGGUUGCCACCCGACAAUCUUCCGCGAAGAUCCUAGUGUCAUGGACCUUCCAACUUCUGCGCACAAGCAACUUAGUAACAAAUUAUCAGCCUUAGAGCGCCGAUCAGCGAGUCUCCAAACAACGGUCCCCUCCUUAAUACAGGCUAUAUUUGCACUUCUGUUGGCCGAUACAGUAGGUGCUUCAGAUAUAACUUACGGACUUGUGCUCUCUGGUCGCGCUUUAUCUGUGCCUGGAGCAGAUUCGGUCCUGCUUCCAUGCAUCACUACAAUUCCCAGUCGUCUUGACACGGAUGGGCUGGACACGGUUACUGACGUAAUUGAGGCUGUCCAAAGAUCGACUGUCAGGUCGCUUGAUUACCAGCAUACUUCCUUGAGACAUAUACAGCGUUGGAUAAACUCCCAAACUCCUCUCUUUGAUUGCCUCUUCUCUUACAUCAGGGCUACUGAGCCAGAGAGACAUAGUCUCUGGAAGGAGCUUGACAGCCACAUGCCUGCUGAAUAUCCACUUGCACUUGAAGUCGAGGCAAACCAUGCUACUGACACGAUCAAUCUAAACUGCCUCUUUUCCCCAGCGUUCGAUACUCUAUAUAAUGGAGAGGAGUUCCUCGAAAAGAUGGAUGCUGUACUAGCAAGUGUCGCGUCAGGCGAAAGUGUCUCUUUGGAUAGUUUCAAUCUCCCUCGAGUGGAAGAUUCUGGACCACGUUCAUCUGCUAUUAAAUGGGACGAGACAACAUGGUCCAAUACAGAAACUGCGAUUCAAGGUCUCGUUGCUGCCUUCUGUAGCUUGAGGUUGGCAGAUAUCACCAAGGGAGCCUCCUUCUUGAGUCUAGGCAUUGACUCCGUUACAGCCAUCCAGUUCGCACGCAAGCUACGUGAGUCAGACCUCAAUGUUUCCUCGUCUGACGUCAUGCGCUUCUCUUGUGUUGGUGCGUUAGCUAGACACAUCGAGCAAUCUUCUCUCCCUCAGCCCACAACGAACGGUGAACAGGUUAACGGGACAACGAAUAUUCCUCUUAAUGUCUACCAGAAGCAUGUCCGUCUCUUAGGUGAUAGUGAUUCCGUCGAAUCCAUGUUUGAAUGUACACCUCUACAAGCAGGCAUGAUCACACAAACAUUAGCCUCCUCCGGGCAGGUCUACGUCAAUCCUCAUCCUGUCCGCCUUAACGACUCUGUGGAUACUAAUAGGCUACGGGAGGCGGUCCAAGAAAUAAUCAAGAGAAAUGACAUCCUGCGUACUUCAUUCCAUCUGAUAGGGGAGCUUGGCUCUUCCUGGAUCGGUGCUGUACAUACACAUCCUCCUCUUGAAUGGCAAGAGCUGACUUUACCAUCUGACCGUGACGUUCUUUCUGAGGUCAACGCACUCUUCUCGUUUGGGGAGGAGUCUUCCUUUGAGGUUCCCCCCAUCCGCUCAGUUCUGGUUAAUCAGCCUGAGGGAAGACUCCUGGUCGUCGUCAUGCACCAUUCUCUAUACGACGGUGCUUCCUUGCCAUUCUUCUUCGAGGACCUCGCUAUUACGUACAAUGAUGAGGCCUGCGGCUUUUGGGGCCGUAAGCUACAAGAUUAUGAAGCUGUUGAGCUUCCUCAGCUGCCGUCUUCUGAAUCUUUGGAUCGCAUGUUCCUCUCAGACAAUCAUGUUGAUCUUGACUUGCCGGUUAUUAUUGACGCCUGCAAAAAGAUGGAGGUCACUGUACAAAGCGUGGCUAUCUUAGCGUACGCCAAGGCCCUCGCACGUCUUAUUGGGAAACGUGACAUUGCAUUUGGACAAGUUCUUGCGGGCCGGUCAGUGCCAGGAACCGAACGUACUUUUGGCCCGCUGUUCAACACUGUAGCUCAAAGAGUGACCUUUGAGCCAAAGUUCCUGAGCAAUAGGGCUAUGGCUUCGCGGCUGCAACAACUCACAACUGAAGCACAAGAAUACCAGCACGCGCCUCUGAGAGUUGUACAAAACUCUCUGAGAAAGGCUAGUACACUGAGGGCUACUUCGCUCUUCGAUACGCUCUUCGUCUUCCAGAAGAGCGCAGACUUUGCUGGCAGCAUCCUUGAGGAGCAACAGAUUUGGAAGCCGUACGAAACAGAUGGCUAUGCUGCUCAAGCCGAGUAUAAGCUGAAUGUGGAAGUUGACCAUAGGCAAGACGGAAUUGCGGUCAGCGCCAACUGCAACGGGCAAUAUAUGUCACAAAUGGCUCUCGAUAGCUUCAUCAAUGAUUUCACAACCGCCUUCAAAGAUAUUAUCCAGCACCCAACCAGGUGCGUCACAGUCAUACCUGAGCAUCUUGGAGAGCUGCCUCUCAGACUGUCCUUGGAAACUCCCGAAGAACGCCUGGCUGAAGACUCCAACACACCUCCGCACGAAGCCACCGUUAAAUCUGUACUAGCAGAUGUUUCUGGAGUGCCAGUCGACAGUAUUAACCCCACUACUAGCAUCUUCAGUAUUGGGUUGGACUCCUUAUCUGCAAUCCGCAUUGCUUCUAUCUGUCGAUCGAAGGGUCUGAAGACCGGUGUAGCCGAUAUUCUCCAAGGCAACACCCUUCGUGGAAUCAGUCAACGUAUCCGACCUAUAACAGAACAGGCAAUCAAGCCUCAAGGUGCCCUUAUCAAGGACUACGAUCAAGUCGAGAAAAUAGUUUUGAGACAGCUGAGCUUGAAUAAGGAGUCGAUUGAAGCCAUUCUUCCCUGUCUCGGCGGUCAGUACUAUCACCUCGUGGGCUGGUUGAAGUCUGGACGGAAGCUGUUCGAACCUGCCUGGCCAUACUUUACUACGGAACGCAUCAAUGCCGACAUGCUUGAAGAAGCAUGGUAUCAACUUCGUCAAAGGCAUCCAAUACUACGGACUUGCUUCGCAGCUAUUUCUUCUUCCGAAGCGGUCCAGGUUGUCAUGAAGCAGGCUAUGCGUGACGCUGAAACUUUCAAGGUCAUUGAGUCUUCUGAUUCCAUAAAAGAGGCUGCAAGGGCACAGUCAAAGGCAGAGGCUUUAGAGCCUUCUUCGCUCUUUGUUCCCCCUGUACGACUACGCCUCAUAAAGGCCAGCGACAGAGACGGCAUCGUUAUCCUAGUGAACCACGCUGCAUACGAUGCAUGGACAAUGCCACUGUUCGUUUCAGAGCUUGCAAAGCUCUACCGUGGUCAGCCCUUGGACUCAAACCCUGAUUUCCCUUCCUUUGUCGACUACUCAGUCCGUUCUCUCCGUGAGGUUGACGAGAAAGCAUACUGGACCUCCGCCCUCGGCUCAGGUAUGCGCACCGUCAUCAACUCUAAGCAGGAAGCCGGCCAAGUCCCAGAUCAACUAUUCGUCGGGGCUUGGGAAAAGGUCAAGAACGUAUCCCACAUGGAAAACAUAUGCCGCUCCGUCGGCCUGGGUCUCCAAGCCGUGGUCCUUCUGGCUGUUGCUCGCACCCUUGCGCGGGCAACAGGGUCAACAAGUCCAACCAUGGGCUUAUACCAAACCGGUCGCUCCGCCUCAUUCCCCAACAUUGAGAAGCUCUCCGGGCCUUGUCUGAACGUCAAUCCAUUCACCAUCUCCGACGUCAUCUCUGACGAAUCGGACCCCAACCUCCUAGACAAAGCCCGCGCUGUUCAAUCUUCCCUUGCAGAACGCGUCUCAUUCGAGCAAAGCUCGCUGCAGGACGUCCUCCGCUGGGUUGAUGCCCAACAAUCCGGAUCGCCAUGGUUCAAUACCUGGGUCAACCUCCUCUGGAUGCAGGGUUCCAUUCCAUCAGCUAAUGAUGCCUCGCCAGAUGCAGACGUCAACGACAAGGCCGAGGUCUUUUUGCCUCUUCGCAUUGGUGUCCCCACGGACUUUAUUCCCGAUGAGCCUCUGCCUGGUCUGGAGGCGACCUCCGUGUCUGCCUUGGAUACUUCUCUUCUACUAGAUGAGAACGUCUACAUCGAUAUCGGACCUGACCCGAAGACUGAUACCAUUGGAUUCGGUGUUCGUGUCGAAGGUGGCUGUCUUUCUGAGGAGGAAGUCAAUGAACUUGUGUCGGAUAUUGGGGCUGAGAUUGAAGGAAUUGUGUCGUCGUUGCAGUGA